AUGAUACCUGAAAACGAGGUGCCGGCUUCAAAGGAAGAAGUCUUAGAAAAAGUGAAAUAUAUUGGGGCCAGCAGACUCCAAAGAAAGAGUUCUCUGGAUUCUAGGUACAGAGAAACUUGUAAACCUGAAGGGAGAGUAGAAAAACAGCAUCAACACCCUGUUGGUGAAAGAUGUCACAUGUGCAGCACAUGUGGGAAAAACUUCACUCAUAGCUCAGUGCUUGUGCAGCACCAGAGAAGCUACACUAAUGAGAAGCCAUACAAAUGUAAAGAGUGUGAGAAGGCCUUCCGCCAGAGGUCAGGCCUGAAUGAACAUCAGCAGAGUCACACUGGAGAGAAGCACUAUCAGUGUGUUGAAUGUGGCAAGGCUUCCACACAGAAUUCUGGGAUUUUCCAGCGUCUCUGGAUCCACACUGGCAAGAAGCCCUAUGAGUGCUUCCAGUGCAGUGAGUUUUGUUGGCGGACACUCCUCAUAAAAAAUCAGAAGAGCAACACUGGAGAGAGACCAUAUGAGUGUGACAAGUGUGAGAAAGCUUUCAGUAACCACUCUAACCUCAUCAGGGAUUUUAGAGUCUAUAGUGCUAAGAGGCCCUAUGAGUUUGGCGAAUGUGGGAAAGCCUUCAGUCACCACUCUGACCUCGUCAGCCAUUUUAGAAUCCAUACUGAUAUUGAGCUGGACUAA